UAACUGUGUAAUUAAAUACGCUUUAAAUUUUCUUUGUACUUAAAAUUACACUCAAAGAUGUUUACUGUUCAUCUCUUUGCCCUGGCACUUUUAGCCACAGCUCAAGCUCGUUAUAUCGCUUUGCAGGAUUUAAAAAUACAACCUUACUUAAUAGACGUUGCCAACCUUGCACAAGACGACUUUGAAGAUGCGUUAUCAGACCAUUCUUUUGAAUCUGUGCAUCCGGGUUACCUCAACCGGGUCAGGCGUCAGCUCGGCAGCAUGAGUACCAAUCCAGAUGGAAGUACUAAUUUGAACCUAAAAGUUCCCAUCGCACGGGGCGAGAGCAACGUACUGAGUGCUAUUGGAUCGGCUUCGGGGAUACAGUCUGCGAAUGCCUUCAGAGCAGCUGGAGUGAAGCCUGGUCCAGGGUAUACCGCUGCUGGAGGCGGAUUGGCUCUCGACAAUAUCAACGGCCACGGACUAAGUGUGACCGGGCAGCACAUUCCCGGUCUCGGGAACCAGGCGACGGCGGCGGGGCGGCUGGGGCUCAUCAACACUCCUGACCACAAGCUGGGCGCCAACGCCUUCGUGACCAGGACCAUGCCGAACAUCCCCAACUUCCCCAACUUCAACACUCAUGGUGGCAGCUUGGAUUAUACUUUCAAGGACAAAAUUGGUGGUUCCCUGGGCAUGGCGCACACUGACCUGUUCAAGAAGACCGACUACUCGGCCAUGGGCAACCUGAACCUGUUCCGCAACCCCUCGUCCUCGCUCGACCUCAACGCCGGCUGGACCAAGUCGCAGUCGCCCUUCCCAGCCUUCAACCACAACUGGGCACCACAGGGCGGUCUGACGUUUACGAAGUAUUUUUAA